AGAGUUUGAAGAGGGGAAGAACGAGAGAGACUUGGUGGCGGUUUGGAACUCACCAACCUCCCGAAUAUUCCUUCCCUCGGAAGAGUCAGGGACGGAGAGGUGGAGGAGAGAGAAGAGGAAAUAAAUUGGGGUGUCCUUUCCUUUUGGAUUUCCCUUCUCUCCUCUUCGUCUCUUCUCUCUUCUCUUUCUCUCUUUCUGAAACCCUCAUUUAUCUUUUGGGAGGGGGAGAGAGAGAGAGGAGAUGGGGAAGGGGAAAGCAGCCUCCAAUUUCCCGCUGUCGGGGUGCGAGUUGGCGGCAGCGGCCACCGUGGUGAUGGUCUUUGGGGUUGGGCUUCUUGGCGUCUACCUCUCGAUGCCCGCCUCCGACUACAGCUUCCUCAAGUUGCCUCGCACGCUCGACGAGGUCCAAAUUUUGAGGGAUCAUCUUGAGAGCUACACAAGUGACUACACCAUCCAGGUCCUGGUGGGUUAUUGUGCAGUCUACAUAUUUAUGCAGACUUUCAUGAUUCCGGGGACCAUUUUCAUGUCGUUGCUUGCUGGGUCGCUUUUUGGAGUUUUCCAUGGUGUAGCGUUGGUAGUCUUUGCUGCCACAGCUGGUGCAUCUUCCUGCUAUUUCCUGUCGAAAUUGAUUGGAAGGCCCAUUGUCUUCUCAUUAUGGCCGGACAAACUGAGUUUCUUCCAAGAACAGGUAGCUAAAAGAAGAGAAAAGCUGUUGAACUACAUGCUUUUCCUCAGAGUCACCCCUACAUUGCCAAACACUUUCAUUAACAUGGCUUCACCAAUAGUGGAUGUGCCCUACCAUAUUUUCUUCUUGGCAACAUUGAUUGGACUCAUCCCAGCUGCUUAUGUGACAGUCAAGGCUGGGAUUGCUCUAGGAGAGUUGAGAUCAUUGUCCGACCUUUAUGAUUUCCAAGCAAUAGCCACACUGUUCUUCAUUGGGAUUGUUUCAGUAACACCAACACUGGUGAGCAAGAGUCAGGCACAGGAUACUGUAUCAGAAAAAAAACACUGUAAUGACAGCUCAUUGCUGACCAUGUAGCUGUGCUUAUGGCGCAUGAUCAGCUUCAUCCUUGUGCAGUUCUUCCCCAUGCGACACUUAAUGGCAAGACCAGUGGGUCACUGGAGUAAUCUUAUUCUCUGCUUCUGGCAACAGGCUACUGAUUCCAUGUUGCUGAUAUCCUAUUCUGUUUUAUUAUCACACGGGGGAAAAUAGGAAGCAAAAACACGUUAUCCAAGCAUGCUCUAGAUUUCUAUUAAUAUUUGUUGUAGGUCCCAAUUUAUUGUACAUACACCCCUUAGUCAAGCCUAAUGAAUUAAGUUCGAUUGGUGAAUGCUUCCCUA